AUCUGUUUAUAUUGCUUACUCGCCCACAGCCUUGUAACAUAUCUGGCGAGCAUGCGAGCAGUGAGCACUGGUGCUUCAAAUCUCAAGCAUUGCUAUAAUGUCACCUUAUUUUUCCCCUCCCUUCAUCUCUGACGCCGAACCUUCCCACCCCCUCGGCUCGAUCCUCCGGCGCCACUUUCCGCCUCCGGUGCAUAUCAAAGGAAUCUACCCACUACAGGGCCACCUGCACUCGAUCAAUCGUCUUGUACUAUCAAACGGGGUCCAACUGCUUGUGAAGUGCUCCCCGGGGUCGACGACCCCCCUCUUAAGACGAGAACAACUGUUGCUCGAGACCGAAGCUCGAGCUCUUUCCAUCCUAGAACAAAGUGGGAUCCCGUAUAUCCCAACUUUCGUACAUUACGGUCUCCAAGGGGGCUCGCUCGGGUCUGCCUUCUUAGUACGACACUAUGUUAUCGGAGCGACAUUGCAGGAGAUGGAGGCCCAGCUUACCGUGCAAGACCGGGACAAUGUCAACAGGGCACUUGGCUUACUGGCUCGCCGAAUUGGACAAAACGUUUCCAGCACUUUUGGGUCCCUAGACCAAGUAGCCUGUGGAUCUGGAAAACAGUCGUGGCGAGAGGCGUUCGUUACGCUCUUGGAAGGCAUUCUUCGGGACUCCGAAGACGCCUUCGUUCAUCUCCCAUAUACUGAGAUCAGACAUCAAGUUCGUCGGCUGUCCCCUGCACUCGAGGAGAUUACAUCACCGCAACUAGUGAUAGUUGGGUUAGGCCGACCAUCGCAAGUCCUGUUGGAUCCGGGGUCCAAGGAGUUAGCGGGACUCAUCGGGCUUGAGAACGCCCUGUGGGGUGACGUAUAUAUGGCGGAGAUCUUUGAGGAGCCGUCUUCGGCGGUGCUGGAAGGCUUUGGAUCCCGAUUGACAGAAAGCGAGGCCCAGGCGGCCCGACAGUUGCUUUAUGCUUGUUAUCGUGCUAUUCACCGAGUUACGAUACACUACUACCGAGAUCAGGGAAUGGCAGCUGAGAUUGAUGCCAGGAGAAGAUUAACGUCGGUUCUAGCCGAGAUGGCUACCAUAUGAGUUGAGAGGCGGGACCUUCAAAACAAUAAAGCAGGGAUUGAUAGGUUGAAAUUCGGUCUAUCAUGAGUGAGAAGGUCCAGACGGAUUAUCAGAUGCCCAGAGGCAAUC